CUCUCUCCCCGGGACUCUCUCCCUCAUGUCGGGUCGCAGGGUUGGAUUCUGUCUCAGCGACAAGAAGCGCCGCAGAAUGAAUCUGGACGCUUUUGCAGACUUCUGUGCGGGCCAUGGAGUGGAAGUGGUGGAGAUGGACCUCUCCCAGCCUCUGCUGCCUCAGGGACCCUUCGACGUCAUUGUUCAUAAGCUGUCUGACGUCAUCGUGGAGGCUGAACACGACAGCCAAUCCAAGCAGCUCCUCGCCAACUUCCAGAGCUAUGUGCUGGCUCACCCUGGCACCGUGCUGCUGGACCCCCUGCCGGCCAUGACCCAGCUCCUGGACCGCUUCGCCUCUUACCGCAUCAUGAGCAAGCUGCACAACUCACUCCGAGACUGGCGGAUCUGCAGCCCUCCUUACCUGGAGAUCUACAGCGCCAGAGACCUGAAGUCCACUCAGCAGGCCGUGACCAGCCAGGACCUAAGCUUUCCUCUCAUUUGUAAAACCAGAGUGGCUCACGGCUCGCUGUCCCAUGAGAUGUCUCUGAUCUUCAGUGCGUCCAGCCUGGAGGACAUCCGUCCUCCCUGCGUGCUGCAGAGCUUCGUUAACCACGGAGCCGUCCUCCACAAGGUGUUCGUGGUGGGAGACAGACACUUCUGCGUGGAGAGGCCUUCGCUCAAGAACUUCCCUCCAGGACCCUGUGACAGGGAGACGAUCUUCUUCAACAGCCAUCAGGUGUCCAAGCCAGAGUCCAGCUCUGAUCUCACAGCACUGGACGAGCAGAUGCCGUGCCUGCCUCCGCCCAGCUCGCAGGCCGUGGCGGCGCUGGUGAAGGAGCUCCGAGUCCAGCUCGGCAUGGCUCUGUUCGGCGUGGACGUCAUCAUCAACAUACACACACACACCCUCACCGUCAUCGACAUCAACAUCUUCCCAGGCUAUGAGGGAGUUCCCCAGUUUUUCUCGUCCCUGCUCAGCCACAUCGAGUCCGUUCUGGACCAACGGGGUCCUGCUGGCUCUGCUGAGUCUCCUCAGUCUGCAGGAGGUCCUGCUGCUGCACCAACCGGCCUCUAGUCCUCAUUAACACGUCAUGAUGGUUCACCAUGUUGAUCAGCUUCCAGGACCAACAGACUCAUAGAUGUCAGAAGCUCUAUGGGACCAAACUCAGCUGUUUCCAAGACGUUGCCUUAAUUGUAAUACACUAUUUUUAUUUUCACUGUACAAAGUUAACCUGUGAACACAGAAGUUUUAUUUUGAAAAGCCACCAUAUAUAAUGUAACAAGCAGAAAGCGACACAAUGUCCCUGGCAGAAGCAAAGUGGUCCAUGUGUGCAGUGGCGGUUCUAGACCAGUUUUACUGUGGGGGCCAAGGAGGGGCCAGUGUUUAAUCAGAGGGACACAUUAGCACAUGAAAACAUGGCAAAGAUGAUAUUUAAGCAUUCAAAAUCUUUGAAUGUCUUGAAAAAGACACAAAAUGACC